AAUGGAGCGGGGAAUUCUCACAUUGUCAAAAAAAAGCAAAAUAUUGCGCGAUUAGGUGUGGGAAGAUUUUCCUAAUUAUCUUCCCUCUUUCGUGAUUUUCCUUUGCAUGUGUUUUGUUGAAAAAACUCCUGGCCGGAUGAUGGGAUCGUAGGGUAUUGCUGGAGUUGAGAUUAUCAGAUUUCUCCAUCGUGACGAAAUGUACUUCACACUCCAUCACGAUGGUGGUACACCAAUACGGGUGGAAUCCAGUACGGGUAGGGAGUAUGCUGUGCGUCUCUGUGCCAUCCGGAAUCGCGUGUGUAUCCUCACAUCACGCCAGGAGCUCCUCUGUGGGGAUCUUGAGGUGGACACAAGUCGCCUCAAUUGUCGCCUUAUCCGGGGGAAUGUUGUGGAUGUGGACAGCGAUGGGAGUGACAUUUACGUCGUUGACACAAAUGGGAUUGUGUGGAGUAGCAAAUGGUGUGGCAUGGAGGCGAAAGAGGACAUGACAUGGCAUGAAAUUCCCAUCCCAAAUCCCCGUACCUGCCCCCAUGGGAUGCGCAAUGUCAACGAGAGUAUUCGUGUUGUUGCUGUGAGCUGCAAUCACGACGGUGUCCUCUUUACAACGCGCAAUCGGGAAUUGUUUGCAAUGGGAGACUUUGGGGAGAUUGCUCAGAGUGACAUUCCCAUCCUCGUUGAGUGCUUUCGUGGCCUGAAGAUUCUCCAAGUGUCCACAGGAGAGAAUUUUGCCGUUGUCCUCACCCAUAAACGUCUCCAGCGUGAACGGCAGGAUAAUGGGAGUGAGGCAAGUGAUGCCAGCAAUGGGUUCCUCUGCAUUGACUGCCCAAAAUGCGUUCCGGAUGUCAAUCAUCACCUUGCUGUGCACUCAAAGGUGACCUGCGGGGUGAGUAAGAGCACCACUGAGACAUCAAUGGCAUCCAGUCCAUGCCUUUCGGAUACCUUUGAUGCUGCCACGAUGGAUGAUCCCCACAGUGCCUGUGCCGAGGAGAUGUCAACAACAAAGACUUCUGUGGGACAUUUGAAGAUUCACAAAGAUGCUGCGAUAAAUUUCCUGCUGGAUCUCUCACUCUCCAGCGAGGAUUAUCUCAUUGAGGCGGGGAAACAGACAAAAUUGCUCAAGGAGAACGUUACAAAUAUCACAACGAUGGUGUAUGAGGGUGUGAGGACACUUUCGCGUCAUAUGAGUGGAUCAGAUAACAACGAUACCGUUGUGGAGGAAGCCACAGCUGGUGCUGUCAAUGGGGAUGUCAGCCUCUCGGAGACAUCAAGCAUUGACAUGGGAAGCACUGUGGACCUCCCAUCGGAGUCCGGAAUGGAGGGAAGAAUGGCAAAACUUGCCCGCCUCGGUGGAGCACUUCUUGCCACGGAAGUUUGGUGCUUCGGUAGCGUCAAUCGCGGGCAACUUGGCACAGGAGAUCAUAUCAAGAGAGCGCGCAUUAAUGCUGUCCUCGGGCUUGGAGGACAAGGUGUUGUGCGUGUGGACAGUGGGAAGGAGCACAGUAUGGCCCUAACACUCGAUGGUCGUCUCUACCUCUGGGGCAAUAAUGCCCACAGACAAAUCUCCCACGAAGAUACGGAAGAUUUUAGCUUCCCGCGACGCUUUCAACUUGCACACGAUGGGAAUGUCCUGGGAGCUGCCUGUGGAACUCAACAUUCUGCCAUUGUCAUGAAUGACCUCACGGUGCACGAGCAGAGUGACCAGCAGGAGAAUAAUCGAACUUCCGGAGUGUCUCCAUUUGCAACAGCUCGUGAAAUUGUCGAACGGGAACCCCCAAUGGGUACACUACAGCCCGUCUUGGCGUCCGGUAGCUUCACCCUAUUCAAUCACAUUGUCUUCGGGGCCAUUGCAAAGCAUCUCACGGCUGAACAGAAAUUCCUCCAGGAUGCCCUUGUAGCGUACAAUUGUACCCUAAAGCCAUUCCUCAAGCGUAUCAGUGGUGUGGCCUACAGUGAGAUUUUUGAUGCCCUCUGCCAGAAUUAUCUCACCAUCAUCCACGUGGCGGCGCUCAAUGUGAAAAGCUUGCUUGAAUUUGGACACAGACGCAUCACAUGUACAGAUAUUGUGGUCAUUAAUAAUUGCCAAGAGAUGAUUACCCUCUAUCGUGGCUACACGAAGCGCUUUUGUGACGUAAUGUGCAUCCGUGGAUACCCCACAAUUGAGAUGUUCACCGAGAAAUCCUCCAAGGAAGUCCACAAAAUCUUCUUCAGACCCUUCCGACGGAUUUGGGCAUUUAUCGACAUGAUCUAUGACCUUGUAGCCCUUGAGGAGAUUGAAGCAAAUCGCGAACUCCUCGAUGAGCGACGUACACAAUGGGAGAAGUUUUCAAAUGAAAAAGACCUGGCCAUUGAGGAAGCCGAGAGGACCCUCCGUUUCUGGGAGCUCAACCACAAGACACCCCUUGCGAAGCUUCAAUCCCCCGACCGGCGACUCAUCCUGGACUCAAAAGAGCUCAGCUUGAAACGUAGUCAAAGUGCACGCUUCGCCAAUCAAUGGUUUAUCCUCUUCUCGGACUCUCUGUGCUCCAUGUCGGGGCAUCUUACCAUCUUCCCCUUGAGAACAAUGUGGAUCACCUCAAUUACUGAUGGGGAAACGCGUAAAUUUGCCCUGAAGGUCAUCACCCCAGAGGAAACUCUCAUUCUCUGUGCUCAGAAUCAUGAGGAUAAAAUUAUGUGGCUCGAUGGGAUUGUGGGGAGUAUCAAAAAUUGCCUGGGAAGAGUAUCGGAUACAAAGGUGCCACAGUAUCGGAAUGCUAGCUACCAGUUCAGUGAGAAACAUCCCAAAUUCCCGGGGGCUAAAUACUUCGGUCGAUGGCAUUUGGGGCAGAUGCACGGGAUUGGGCAUUUGGAAAUGUCCGAUGGGAGGGUUUACAAUGGGCAGAUGAAUGGUGGAGAAAUUCACGGCUAUGGGAGGAUGUUUACGCCAAAUGUGGGCAUCUACGAGGGAGAUUUUGAGCAUGGAAAAUACAAUGGGUACGGUGUCCUUGAGCAUCACAAUAAGGCCACGUACGAAGGGAAUUUCCGUGAUGGGCUCUACUGUGGCCAUGGGACACUCAUUGGCGAGCAAUUUACGUACGUUGGUGAGUUCAGCAAUGGCUCCCGGCAUGGCUACGGGGUGCUCGAUGACAAUAUAACGGGUGACAAGUACAUGGGGAUGUUUGUUGAGGGCAAAAAAGCCGGUCUGGGCGUUUGUGUCACCAUGUGUGGGGAUUACUUUGAGGGGAACUUCGUGAAUGAUGUGUUAUCAGGUGAAGGAAUAGCGAGUUUCGAGAAUAGUUCCUACUACGAAGGUGAAAUGACCAUCAAUGGACCAACGGGACGUGGAUGCUUCUAUGUGGGGAAUCGUGAACGAAGAAAUAGCACCGAAUGCCCCAUUGAUAGCAAUGGUGAUGUCCAGGAGAUUGAAGGAACAAUCUUAAUGGGAAAUUUAUCGGGAACGUGGCAAGAUGUAAAAAUUUCCAAUGGUACCCUUUCGAUGCAUCAAACAUUCCGGAAAUACUCACAAAAUCUCGGAAGGUACACCAUUGAGAAUGAUAAGAAGUGGAAGAGUUUAUUUGAUGAUUGGCACAUGCAGCUUUUUGGGCAGGAGCGUCAGAAUUUGGAGAAUAAGCAAAUUUGGGGGAGGAUUGCGUGCUACAUUACAAAUUCCAAAGCAAAGGAUAAACUCAAAUCCGAAGGAUUUAUCACAAAGAAUGCAUAUUUCUACCGUAAGACUGAUCUAAGUGGAAGUUUAGAUAAGUUAUCGUUGAAAAGUGCUACAGGAUCUCUGGGAAAGUCCUCCGCCAUGGGGAAAGUGGGUCCACUGGAUUUGGGGGAUGUUUUCCAUCCACUCACCAGCAGUCCACACCUCAAGGGGGCUACGUCUACAAUAAUGGAUCUGGGGGCAUUUAGUCAGAAGCUCGAGGAGAAAUUUGACGGACAUGAGGGGGGAAAUCGAAGCUUCUCACCGUCCGAAAGUGGAUCAUCGGUGCGUGGGAAGAAUCCCACAUUGGAUUACAUUCCAAAUUUUGGCAUAACAAAGUGCGAUCAGGAAGACUUGGAGGCAAUUCAGGAGUACCUACGCGAAGCAUUUCGGGAUCUCAAUCAUCCCCUGGGGGUGCUCAAUUCCAAAAUAAGUCAUUGCUUCUACUCCUCGUACGGAUGUUGGAAAUUCAAACCAACAGCCAUCCUCCAUCGACAUGCCAUGCAAGAAUGGGAAUCAAUCUGCAGGCGUAUCUUCAGUAUUGUGUGUCGAAUGUUUCCCGCAAUCGUGGGCACAUCCUUCCGGAAGCUACUCUACCCAAUUCUCCUAUCAGAGGGCAUCUAUUCCCUCCUCUUUGUCUUGUAUGCCAGUAAGUGUAGUCAUCGAGAUGAAAUCUACAGACAACGAAUGAUUGGGUGCGACAGGAAGACAGAUCAGGAGUUGGCCGUCUUCUUGCGAGUUGAUGCGGAAUUGAUGCCAAUGAUAAAAUGCAGCUACUUUGAUGAUGCAAUUGGAUGCUUGAAGCAGGUCAAGGACAAAUACUGCCCAAUGGAAAUGGUCAUUCUCAUUGAGAAAACCUUCCAACUGUUGGAGGAUGCAAAGAAUGAAUCUGUGGGUGCGCAACAUACCCUAAAUGCCGACAAUACCAUCCCCCUUGUACUCUUCCUCGUUCUUCGCGCCAACAUUCAGCAUCUUGGCGCUGAAAUUGCCCUCCUGGAGGAUCUUCUUGGUACGGAUUUUGAGGCACUAAUGCUCGGCUAUACGGGAUACUGCGUAACCACCCUCAAAGCGGCCUAUCAGCACAUUCUAAGUGAUAAAUUCUACCAAAAUUGACACAAAAUGAAACGAAGGCAGAAAAAGAACUUCUCUGUGCAAUCACAGCUUAUCAUAGUGAUAAAAAAAUAUGUAUAUAAAAAUUACAAAAUAUUGUUGAACUAUCAAAGUGUAAAAAGAGUCUAAAAAAAAUUGUUGAGUUGUAUGAAAAGAUUAAAAGAAACUGUGAAAAACUA